UCAGCAUCACAGCUACGCUGUUUCAUAUUUCAAAUCAUACCAACGAACCUCAAAUCCCCAAACCACCCCACAGCUUGCCAUGGGUUCCGUAGUACUCCCCCACCUACGCACCGGGUGGCAUGUUGACCAAGCUAUCAUGAACGAGGACGAACGCCUUGUCGUCAUCCGCUUUGGACGCGACUACUCUGAGGAUUGCAUGCGGCAAGAUGAAGUGUUAUUUAAGAUUGCAGACCGAGUGAAGAACUUCGCUGUCGUCUAUGUUUGCGACUUGGAAGAAGUGCCCGACUUCAAGCAGAUGUAUGAGUUAUACGACCCCAUGACAAUCAUGUUUUUCUUCCGAAACAAACAUAUGAUGUGCGAUUUUGGGACCGGAAAUAACAACAAACUCAACUGGGUGCUUGAGGAUAAGCAAGAGCUCAUCGACAUCAUAGAGACUAUCUACCGGGGAGCCAAGAAGGGUCGAGGAUUGGUGGUCAGCCCGAAAGACUACUCUACGCGGUACAGAUACUAGGUGGCGAACAAUCAGAGGCUUCAUCUGUUUAAUUCGAUAUGCGCUGGGAUUUUCCGAGGAUUCGCAGUAUUCUGUUGAGGAAACGUCCAUAUCUCAGUUUAAGCUUCGACAAGACGGUCGCCGACAGAGGGUCAUACAAAUGUGGGAAUACAGGUCAUACGGUGCAUGAUGGAACAAGCACACGAAAAAUCAACAGAUACGGAUGGAUAGGACGGCGGUCACGAAAUGGCGCCAGAAGCACCGCAUCACGAGACUCGAGAGGUGGACAUGGCAAAUUCAAGGAUGAUGCGUAAUAACUAAACGGCACUCUUUAGAAUUUCAGGUUCUCGCUGUUUGAUGGGGAAUACAGGAAGAUUAGCCUCGAAAAUAGGUGUAAGAUUCAAAGCUAUUGGGUCUUGCAAAACAAAGUCAUGCUUUCCUACAUGCCGCAGGUUUGCCGUUUAACAUGUGCCAAUUCAAAUAU